CCUUGAUCAGUUUAUAAAUAAUACACAGGUUGGUGCCAAUGACAUUGAAAUAUUGAUCGUUUACAUAAAUUCUGGUUUGAGAGAUUCAUUCUUUUCUGGUUAUAUGAGGGCCAUUAUCAUGCUUAACUUAAGCAUAUACUAUUCAGGCUAGUUGACUAAGAUGAAGUAGGUCAUUUUUAACACUUACAUCACCAAGUCCCUAUUGAUGUUCUUUCCAUCAUCCUCAAGGCAGUUUGCAAUGGAUUUUUAAUAUUAUUUUCCCCAGAUUUCAGAAAUGUAUAUCCACUAGUAUUACUGCAUUAUCAAUUUUCAUGUAAAAUAUAGAUACUAUAUUGAAUUGGAAAAAUGAUUUGAAGUCACACACAAAAAUAUUUUAAGUUACUGGAAAUAGAAUUUAGAACAUCAGCUUGUCUGUGACAUGGAAGAGGAACAUUAUAUAAUUUUAACUUGAACUAAGAAGAGUAACUCAUUGAUUUUUAAUACAAAAAAUUUAAAAAUAUUGUGUGCCUGUCACCAGCGCUUUCAGGUUGUUGGGAAAAGAAUUUUAUCAUCUGUCCCAUAAACUAGCUGUUUUAACAGAGGGUGUUCAGUUAACCAAUUUUUUUGAGUUUUUGAAAAUCUAUAUUUUUUUAGAAGGUUGAUACCCUUUAAAAAAAAUAAAAGAUUGAGCCUAUGCUUUGUGAUCUUGUUUCCAGAGCAGUGUAAAGACCUAUUUACAACUUCUUAAAAAUCAAGAAAUAGUCCCCCAGAAGACUGGAAGAAUUUUGCGCAAGUAUGAGAUGACUGUUGUGCUAUUAUUAAUUUCUUUCUAAACACGAAAAUUUUGCAUAUGUAAUUGAUAUAUAGUUAACAUUUAAUUAAAGCUUUUAUCUUUUUUCUUUAUUAAUCUUUAAUAACAUUUAAAAACCUUUCCCGUGGCUGCUAAAUUAUUUUCUUAGCAGUAAUAAAGUUUGAAAAGGGCUCCUCAUUCUAAAAAAAUUGCUGACACCAUGGGCAACUGGUAGGUUGCAACCUUAAAAUUGUAUAUUGGUGUAGUGCUGAACUUAUUUAAAAGAUGGAUAGUUACCAAGCUACACAACAUUGCUUUUAAAAAAAAUUAAUACCGGUAGGAAAGGAAUGAAUCAGCUUACUGAACUAACUUAAAGAGUUUGGCGGAUAUAUUAAAUAAAUGAGAUAAUUUGUUCCUUUAUGGAUACCUCAUCUCUAUUGCUACACACUAAGCUAAUGAAGUCUUUAAAAAAUUUUCAGAAAUCCUCAGCCUGCGGAGGAUGUUGAAAUAAUUCAUGAUUCUGAAGCUCUGAAGAAAGUUUUUCAUCAAGUGAAGCUGCUACAGUUUCACACAGACUAUAGGCCACCUUACUAUGGAACAUGGCGAAAGCAGCCAAAACUCUUUCCACGAAAUCCAUGGAAAAAGGAUGAGGUUAUUUCAUUAUUUUAAAAAAUUUUGUUUGAAUUAUUUAUUUCCCUCCUUAAUCCAAGUCUUAUAAAAUUGUACAGAACUCCAUUUGGCUAUAAAUGUGGUUGACAUGUUUCAUUUUCAAUUUCAGUCUUUGUUUGACUAUGAGGUUGAUAGUGAUGACGAAUGGGAAGAAGAAGAACCUGGAGAAAGUUUAUCGUGUUCAGAUGUAAGUAUUUUUAAUAACAACCAGAUCUAUAAAAAUAGUUAUAUAUAAAAAAUUUUUUUAAUGAAUUUAAAAAAAAUUAUAACGGUAAAAGGUCCCCAUGAUUAUCUUUAUCCCAUUAACUAGAUAAAAUUCAAGGAAACAACCAGCAAAAAAGAAAUUGUAAUUUUUUUUAGUAAAUACCUUUGUCUUAAUUGUGGUACUUAAUUACCCUUGAACUUUUCAUCUGUUGACCUUUGACUAGAAUGUUCUUAAACUUCAUUAAUUAAAUUCUUGAGUUUAUUUGUCAUUUAAUAGAUAGGUUAUAGGUUUUUUAAAAGGUAAAACAUUGAAAUCAAUCCUUACAAUGCAACCUUUAUAAUCUAGUAAGUGUGACAUUUUCUGAAACUUACAUCCCAAAAAUCUUGAUGUUAUAUAAUUACUGAAACCUUUUUCUUUUUUUAACCAAUUGUUAUAAAAUCAUGAAUAAACAGGCUAUGAAUGAUCACCUUCUAUUCUUAAAAAUGUAUUUACAAUAUGUCACAGAUGUUAUUAUGAAUUUGAGAACCACUGAUAAGAGAUUGCUGAGCACAGUUAAAACCCUGUAUUUGCACUGUAGCAUGGAGGGUGGUGAAUUGGGAUGAAUAAGACUGGCCAAUCAGGGUGCUUGAUUUGGUCAUGUGAGUGAGCGGAAUAUUAACUUUGAGAAAGGAGUCGAGAUGAAAACUUUGAAUGGAGAGGAGAUAAGAUCUUGGGAUUAUAUGGAAAUAAUUUUUUUCAAAUUUAAACAUGUAACGAAACAAAAUAAGGUUUUUGAUUCCUGCACUGUUCCUGUUCAGAUGCAGUCAAUCAAUUCAGGGCAGUAAUAUUCCUCAAAUUUAGGAGUACAUUUUUAUAAUGAUUCUUGAAGAACAAAGUUUUACUUUGAAUUUGAUAUUCAUGUAACACACAGGGAGAAGAAGAAAAGGGGGAGGAAGUGGAUGAAGAUGAGGAUGAUGGAUGGAUGGUCCCUCAUGGUUACUUGUCAGAGGAUGAAGGCUGCAAUGAAGAUGAUGAGGUUAGCUAUUAUUAAGAUAAGAUUCUUUUAUUGAUCUCAAUAAAUGGAUAUGUUUUUUUAUAUUCAUUUUCAGAACAUAAAUAAAUACAUAAUAGAAACAAUGCAUUUUUUUAAAUUACAGAGGUUAUUUUAUCUCUUUAAUUUUUAAUGAAUAUUGUCUUAAUUUUUUAAUUAAAUUUUAUAAUUAAUUAAAUUGUGUUUUUUCAGUGGAAACUAAAAAAUAUUUUAUCUGAGGAGAUAUUUAAAUUUAUAAACUGUUAAAGAAAUACUUUUAUAUUCCCUUUUUUUAUCUUCAAAUAAAUUUCAGAUCACUCCAGAAAAGCUCAAACUUCAGCAGUUGGCUAAAGCUAAGGCUUGGG